AUGGAGGGAGGACAGGAGUGUUGUUCGAGCAGAGAGACGAGGAAGAGGGUGACGGGGCAAGGUGAGAAGCGGUACAAGGGGAUAAGGAUGAGGAAGUGGGGGAAGUGGGUGGCUGAGAUUAGAGAACCCAACAAGAGGUCACGCAUAUGGCUGGGCUCCUACUCCACACCGGUGGCCGCUGCCCGUGCUUACGACACCGCCGUCUUUCACCUGAGAGGACCGUCGGCGAGGCUCAACUUCCCGGAGUACCUGGUGGGAGAAGGUGGGCUCCACGACACCUCCGCUGCGUCUAUACGCAAAAAAGCUACGGAGGUGGGGGCGACAGUAGACGCUAUAGAAUGUGCCAGGACGGCUUCCAACCAAUACAAAUCCUGCGCCUUCUCUGAGAAACCCGACCUCAAUAAAGAACCGGAUCCUGAAAAUUCGGAUGUUGACGAUGACCACCACUAUCAUCUCUGAGCAACCCUGUUUUUUUUUGCUAACAUGCGCCGGGGAGACCACUGCUGAGUGCUGGCGGCCAAACAAUAGGAUGGGCCCUCUCUCUUUCUCUUACUUCUUUGUGUGAAUUUUCUGUCCUUUCUUCUUCCUCCUUGCUUGGUUCUUUUUUUCUUUUCUUUUUUUCAAACGUUUCUUUGGAUUUUUUAGGUAAGAAAUUUUGGUGUUGUAAAAAAGGGUUAAUGUUAAUUACUUGGGUCCUUUUUUUUUUU